UAUCCAAAAAUAGGGGCAAAAAAGUCUCCGAGACAUGUCUCCGACCCUAUUGCUGAGGACAUAUGCGUGUUGGACUUAAAUCGAACCUUUUGCAUGUCCCCAUUUCGAUAUAAAGUGCGGCACAAGCCUCGUAUUCUCGAGUAAACUAACAAAACACUUCACAUCCACACAUUAAUCGUACUUAAAACCACCACAUUCUGCCCUAAGAACUUAAGACUCAUAACCAAAAUGGCAACAACCCCAAUCUUCGACGUCCUAAUCCUAGGCAGCGGCCCAGCGGGCCUAGCCUGCGCCGGCGGGUUAGCACGACAACUACACAGCGCAGUAGUCUUCAGCACCAACACAUACCGCAACGCGCGCGCGCGACACAUGCACAACGUCGUGGGAUGGGACCACGCAGAUCCCUCUUCAUUUCGAGAAAAAGCGCGCUCUGAUUUAUUAGGACGUUACCCACCAGCCGCUGAUAUACGAUUCCGUGAUGUAGGCGUGGAGAAGGUGAGGAAGUUGGAUGAUGAUGAACGGGGGAGGAAUAGGUUUGAGGUUAUUGAUGAGCAAGGUGAGAGGUUUGUUGGGAGGAAAGUUGUGCUGGCUACGGGGGUGAGGGAUGUUAUGCCCGCGACGUUGGAGGGGUAUGAGGAGUUGUGGGGGUAUGGGAUCUUCCACUGUCUCUUCUGCCAUGGCUUCGAAGAGCGAGGUGCCGCUUCAGCAGGUGUUCUAGCCAUGGGCCCUAUGCUCGGAUCUGCCGGCGGCAAUGGUCUACCGCUAAUGUCACCCGUUAUUGCGCGUAUGGCUAAUCGACUUGCGGGCCAUGUCACCGUAUACACAGAUGGUAACGAAGAACUCGGAGCGAAAAUCCGUGAACAGCUCAAGAGCGCAUCAAAAUUUCAUGUUGAGAACCGCCGUGUCCUACGCUUAGCUAAGGAUCUAGAAGUUCAGGGCGACGCCGGUGUAUUGGUCACGCUGGAAGACGGAAGUGUAAAUAAAGAAGGAUUCUUGGCCCACGCCCCAGCCGUAGAGUUAAACGGACCAUUCGCCAAAGACCUAGGUCUAACCCUAGCACCACAAGGCCAUAUUGACGCACAGCCGCCAUUUUACACGACGAAUGUACCAGGUGUAUAUGCAGCAGGUGAUUGCGCGACAAUGAUGAAGAGCGUGCCGAUGGCGACUGCCAUGGGUAGUUUCGUAGCAGCUGGUUUGGCGCAUGCGCUACAAGCUGAGGAUGAUGUAGAAGAUUGACGACGCAGGGUGGUAAAGGCGAGUUGCGCCUAUUUAAGGGGCAAACUGUGACGGUUUGUUAGAGCGGACAAGAUAUACUGGCUUCGCUUAUAAGCACCUAAUUUAGUAUCAGUCGAGAAAAAAAAGUUAAUGCAAAGACCUGUAAUUUAAAUAGAAU